AAUGUUUGUUCAAAUCGCUUUACAGCCAGAUGGAAUGUGGUCUUACAAAGAACAUGACACACACAUCUACGUUGUUGAAAUGCGCGAAAAUGCUCCGAAAACGCAUUCAAAUACCGUGGGAAAAAUUCAGAUUACUGUUUGACACGCCUGUGGAAGGUGUGGAGAUGAUGAAUGAGUACCACAUUUACACAGAGACGUUAAAGGACCUGGACCAGUAUGAGGAGGGGAUUUACUCUGACUGGUGUAAUGGUUUGGAACACGCUUGCUUGGUCAACAUGAACCAGCCUCUCAUCUCCAGAAAUCCAUCAUCUGGCCUGAUCUCAGUCAACUUUAAUCCAAAGUUGACUGAAGUCUUAAAAGAUGUGAAGUUUAUUCAAACAUUCCGUCACUUCAACAUCCCUGCAGCUGCAAUGACUAUUUUUGAGAAGCGGGAAAUGUUCAACGAAUGUUUGAGCAGUUUACAGCUGUUAGUGCAAUGGUACAACAAGCUAAAGCUUACAGUGUUAGAGGUGGAACUUCCACUCAUCAAAAAGGAGCUGGAGGCCAUAGACCUGCAACUGAGAAACACAGAGACCAGCCUGACAUGGCAGGAUAUGGACUGCUGGAGCUUUAUCAGAACCACAGAACACCUCGCCCAUGACCUUGCAUGUCGACUCAGGAGAACCAAGGAAAACUGUGAUGCCAUUCAGUCUGUGAUGAAGCGGUGGGGCAAGCAGAUCAUGUUCAGCAGGAAAGACAACAAGAAAGGCUCACUUUUACAACUGGAUGACAGAGCAGACUGUGUGAGCAAGAGGUACAGCGCCAUAAAAAAAGACGGAGAUUCCAUACAUCAGCUUGUGCAGGAGAAUAUGAUCCUUUUCCAUGCUGAUCCAGGUUCAGAGGAAUGGCAAUCCUACCUGGAAUAUGUGGAUCAAAUCGUGGUGGACGGGCUCUUCUGCCACAUCCAAUACUCUCUCCAGUUCUUUCUGGACAGCAUGGAGUCAAAGCUGAACCAGGUUCCUCUAUUAGAGGCUCAGUUGAUGCUAAAUGGCUCAAGGCUGACCUUCUAUCCUUCAAUGGGACGAGAUGUGGGAGAUGGCCUAUACAAACUGGCAGAGGGACUUGUUGGAGAUGUAUUUAAGACUUCACUGAAUAUCAGGAGAGUAGCUGCUCAUCUUGACAGGGACAACUAUCAGGACAUCAUGGACGGCAUGUUAGAUCUGUUGGAUCUGAGACAGAAAAUAAUGGAGCGAGUAGACAAUGCCUUGAAAGAAGUUGUAACGUACCAGUGGAAGUUUGACUCCUACACUCACCUGUGGCAAGCUGACAAGGCUGAGGUUCUCUGCCACUUUCUGAGGUAUGGGCGCGUGCUCACAACAGAGGACAUGGAGGUGUGUAGAGCAGAUGUGCUCCCUGAGACCCCCCCAGCAAUCCAUAACUUCAAAGAACAGAUUGAUUAUUAUGAGGAUCUGUAUGCUGAAGUUUGCCAGCUGGAAGACUGCAGAGUGUUUGAUGGGUGGCUUCGGGUGGAUAUUAAGUUCUUUAAAGCCAGCCUUCUCAAUGUUAUAAAAAAGUGGAGCUGGGUCUUCAAAGAGCAUCUCUUGAAAUAUGUGACUAACAGUCUUGAUGAGCUCCAAAGAUUUCUCCAAGCCACAAUGGAGGGGUUAAGCCAUCCUGUAGCUAAAGGGGACCAUCAAGGCUUUGUGGAAGUUAUGAGUCACUUGAUGGCUGUCAGAGACAAAGAAAGCGGGACUGAUGAGAUGUUUGAGCCUCUUAGAGAUGCCAUAAUUCUUCUGGAGCGCAAUGGCAUGACAAUACCACAGCAGUUUUAUUGUCAAAUGGAGGAACUCCCGGAGAAAUGGAAUGAGACAAAAAAAAUGGCAUUGGCAGUGAGGCAUGAGGUGGCACCCAUGCAAAGUGCAGAAGUGAUGGUUUUACGAAGACGAUGCAUGGAUUUUGAGGUAAAGCAAACCAAAUUCAGGGAGAUCUUCAAGGCAACGGCACCCUUCAGUUACAAUGCAGUGAAUCCCUACAUUAGUCUGGAGAAGUCUGAAAAAGCAAUCUCGGACAUGGAAAAAGACUUAACAGAGUUACAAGAGUCCACAAAUCUGUUUGAUAUAACAAUCCCUGAUUUCAGAGAUAUUAAGCUCUGCAGACAAGAGAUUUCUGUUCUCAAAGAAAUGUGGGACAUAGUGGUAUAUGCACAGACCACUGUGGAAAACUGGACAAUGACCAAAUGGAGGCAGAUAAAUGUUGACCAGAUGGAACCAGAAUUGAGGACAUUUGCCAAGGACAUACGGAAACUUGAUAAAGACGCUCGAGCAUGGGACGUGUAUACCGGGUUAGACCUUUAUGUAAAGAACUUGCUAACGUCACUGCAGAUAGUGACACAACUACAAAACCUGGCAGUUAGAGAGCGUCACUGGGUGCAGCUAAUUAGAACAACGCAGAUGAAUUUCACUGUCACAGACAGUACCACCUUGGGAGACCUUUUGCCUUUGCAGCUUCAUUUGUUUGAAGAUGCAGUUCGCAACAUAGUAGAUACAGCAAUCAAAGAAAUGGCCAUAGAGAAGGUUGUAACAGAAAUAAGUCAGACAUGGGCAUCAAUGGAGUUGUCAUAUGAAGAAACAAACCAAAGGUCUAUGUUGCUACUUAAAUUUGAUAAGGAGCUUCUUGAAACACUUGAGGAUCAUCAGAUUCAGCUCCAGAGUGUCUUUCAAAGCAAGCACAUAGAGCACUUCUUGUUGAUCCAGGCAAUGGAGAUCCAAAACCAGCUGACUGUGGCAGACUCUGUGCUGGUGGUCUGGAUGGAGGUCCAAAGAACAUGGGCCUAUCUUGAAAGUAUCUUCAAAGGCUGUGAUGACAUUUGCCAACAACUGCCAACGGAUGCACUUAGAUUCCAAGCAAUUGAUGCUGAAUUUCAGGAGUUAAUGUUGGACAUUGCAAUGAUUAAAAAUGUGAUCGCGGCCACCAGCAAGCCACAUCUAUUUCAGAAGUUGGACAGUCUUCAACAAAGGCUGGCUUUAUGUGAAAAAGCUCUUGCUGAAUACCUGGAGACAAAGAGAAUUGCCUUUCCACGAUUCUACUUCAUUUCAUCUACAAACUUGUUGGACAUCCUCUCUAAAGGGAGUCGUCCCAUGGAGGUCACUGUCCAUCUUUCAAAACUUUUUGACAACAUGUCAGAUCUUGAGUUUGCCAAAACGGAACCAUUGCAUAACCCUAAAAGUGCUGUGGGUAUGUACAGCAAAGAGGGAGAGUUUGUUACGUUCGAAACUGAAUGUUGCUGUUAUGGACCGGUGGAGGUAUGGCUUGCUUGUCUCGAGGACUCCAUGAAGAAAUGUAUCAGAGGUCUCCUGUCUGAAGCUCUGUCUGUGUACGAGGACAGGCCAAGAGAACAAUGGAUUCUUGAAUUUCCUGCCCAAGUCGCUCUCACUGGUGCACAGAUCUGGUGGAGUAAUGAUAUGGAGCUUGUGUUUAGAAGACUAGAGGAAGGCUUUGUGUCUGCCUUGAAAGACUACAACAAGAAACAGAUUUCUCAGCUCAACUUGUUAAUUAGCAUCCUGCUGGAAGAGCUGAGCCCAGGAGACAGACAGAAGAUUAUGACUAUCUGCACUAUUGACGUCCAUGCUAGAGACAUUGUUGCCAGGCUCAUUGCUCAAAAGGUCACCACCUCACAGGCAUUCCAGUGGCUUUCUCAGCUCCGACACUGCUGGAAUGAGCGACUUCACCACUGCUUUGUCAACAUCUGUGAUGCUCAGUUUCAAUAUUCAUAUGAGUAUCUUGGAAAUACACCACGACUGGUCAUUACUCCCCUCACAGAUCGUUGCUACAUCACCUUGACUCAGUCACUCCAUCUGACCAUGAGUGGAGCCCCAGCAGGACCUGCUGGAACUGGCAAGACAGAAACUACAAAAGAUCUUGGGAGAGCCAUGGGUGUCAUGGUAUAUAUUUUCAACUGUUCUGAACAGAUGGACUAUAAAUCAAUUGGAAAUAUCUACAAGGGUCUGGCCCAGACUGGAGCAUGGGGCUGCUUUGAUGAGUUCAAUCGUAUCCCUGUGGAUGUUCUCUCAGUUGUGGCAGUGCAGGUCAAAACAAUUCAGGAUGCUAUUCGCACUAAAAAGCAGAGGUUUGUGUUCCUUGACCAGGAUAUUGUCCUGAAAAGCUCAGUUGGGAUUUUCAUCACUAUGAACCCUGGCUACGCAGGCAGAGCAGAGCUACCUGAGAACCUCAAAGCCCUUUUCAGACCCUGUGCCAUGGUGGUACCUGAUACCAAACUUAUUUGUGAGAUAAUGUUGGUGGCAGAAGGCUUCCGUGAUGCUAAGCUUUUAGCCAGGAAAUUUACUUCUCUUUACAAUCUCUGCAAAGAACUGCUCUCCAAACAGGCUCACUACGAUUGGGGUUUACGUGCUGUGAAGUCUGUUUUGGUCCUGGCUGGGACUCUGAAGAGAAGGGACAAGACAAGACCAGAAGAUCAGGUGUUGAUGCGUGCAUUGCGGGACUUCAACAUGCCUAAAAUUGUGACGGAUGAUAUGACUAUAUUCCUGGGACUGCUUGGAGACUUGUUCCCAGGCCUGGAGGUGGAGAGAGAGAGAGACUGUGAAUUUGAGAAGGCCAUCAGAGAGACCACACUGGAGCUCCGACUCCAGUCUGAGGAAACAUUUAUCCUCAAGGUGGUACAGCUGGAGGAACUCAUGACAGUGCGUCACUCUGUCUUUGUUGUUGGAAAUGCAGGGACUGGGAAAAGCCAGAUUUUGAGAGUUCUCCAUAAGACCUAUGUAAAUUUGAAGAGGAGGCCAGUCUGGAAUGACCUCAAUCCAAAGGCGAUUGACAGAGAUGAACUAUUUGGCUUCAUCCAUCCUGCUACUCGAGAGUGGAAAGAUGGUUUACUUUCAUCACUGAUUCGUGAGCAGGCAAACAUCUCCCACCUUGGGCCUAAGUGGAUUGUGUUGGAUGGAGACAUUGAUCCAAUGUGGACUGAAUCACUCAACACAGUGAUGGAUGAUAACAAGGUCCUGACUCUCGCCAGUAAUGAGCGUGUGCCACUUACCUCAUCUAUGAGACUGGUGUUUGAAAUCAGUCAUCUAAGGAUGGCCACUCCUGCCACUGUAUCCAGAGCAGGAAUCCUCUAUGUUAACCAACAAGACCUGGGCUGGAACCCAUAUGUUGCCAGUUGGAUUGAUCAACGUCAGCACCAGACGGAAAGGGCUCAUCUCACAAUAUUGUUUGAGAAAUAUGUUCCACGUUGCCUAGAACAGAUGAAAAACCGUUUCAAGACGAUUACUCCUAUCACUGAGAACUCUUUGGUGCAGACACUUUGCACAUUGCUGGACUGCCUAGUGAUACCAGAAAAUAUACCACCUGAGUCCCCUCGUGAGAUCUAUGAAACCUUUUUCACUUUUGCCUGCAUCUGGGCUUUUGGGGGGGCCCUCUGUCAAGACCAGCUCCGUGAUUAUCGAGCAGAGUUCAGUCAGUGGUGGACCAAAGAAAUGAAGACAGUGAAGCUGCCAACACAAGGGACAGUGUUUGACUACUACCUUGACCAUGAAACCAGGCGCUUCCUGCCCUGGGGUGAGUCUGUGCCACAGUUUGAAAUGGAAACAUGCCCACCAUUGCAGGCUGUUGUGGUACACACUGCAGAGACUGUGCGUCUGUGCUACUUCAUGGACUUGUUGCUGGAGAGGAGACAGCCAGUGAUGGUUGUCGGUAAUGCUGGAGUGGGAAAGACAGCACUUGUCAGGAACAAGUUAGACUCCCUGCCUGAGAGUCAUAUGAUCUCAAAAGUACCCUUCAACUAUUACACUACCUCCCUCAUCUUGCAAGGAAUUCUAGAGCGACCGUUAGAGAAAAGGGCAGGCAGAAGCUACUCCCCAGUAGGCAACAGGAGGCUGGUGUACUUCAUAGAUGACAUGAACAUACCGGCUGUUGACAGCUACGGAACUGUACAGGCUCAUGCACUUAUACGCCAGCAUUUGGAUUAUGGGCACUGGUAUGGCAGGCAAAAACUUACCUUAAAAGAAAUACAAAAUACUCAGUAUGUUGCCUGUAUGAAUCCAACUGCUGGGAGCUUUAUUAUCAACCCCAGGUUGCAGAGACAUUUUUCAGUUUUUGCAGUGAACUUUCCUUCAACUGAGGUUCAGAUGUCAAUAUACAGUCAGAUCUUGUGUGGACAUUUGAACCAACAGCUCUUCAGUCCGCUGGUUCAGAGGAGCGCUGGCACUGUGGUCCGAGCUGCCAUUGCACUUCAUCACAAGAUGGUUCACAAUUUUUUGCCUACAGCCAUCAAGUUUCACUACACAUUUAAUCUUCGAGACUUAUCAAAUGUUUUUCAGGGCAUCCUUUUGUCUGGGCCCGAGAGUGUGAAAGAAAGCAAUGACCUGGCAAUGUUGUGGCUUCACGAGUCCUGUAGAGUAUACUCAGAUAAACUGGUAGAUGUCAAGGACAUACAGCUUUUCCAGAAGCUCCAGAUGGAGGCCCUGCAUGAAUACUUUGAGGGACUUGAGGAGAAAAGGGUGAAAAAACAGCCCCUCCUCUAUUGCCGCUUUGCCAACAUGGGUGAGGAAACCUCCUAUGCUCCUGUCACAGAUUGGUCAACACUCAGAAACAUCCUCACAGAUGCCUUGGAAAGCUACAAUGAGCUCCAUCCAGUCAUGAAUCUAGUGCUGUUUGAAGAUGCUAUGCAACAUGUGUGUCGCAUCAGUCGUAUCUUGGAGGCUCCAAGGGGUCAUGGCUUACUGGUUGGGGUUGGGGGCAGUGGGAGGCAGAGCCUGACUCGUCUUGCUGCAUACAUAUCAUCUGUGGAAGUCUUCCAAAUCAGCUUGAGUAAGGGUUAUAGUAUGCAGGACCUAAAGGUGGAUCUGGCAGGACUGUUCCUAAAAACUGGAGUAAAUAAUCAGCGAGUGGUUCUGCUCCUGACUGAUGCUCAGAUACCUGAUGAGCAGUUUCUGAUCAUUAUUAAUGACUUAAUGGCAUCAGGAGAACUUUCAGAUCUCUUCAGCGAGGAGGAGAUUGAAAGUAUUGUAACCAGUGUGAGAGCUGAGGUACGAUCCCUUGGACUGCUGGACAACAGGGAAAACUGCUGGAGAUUCUUUACAGACCGAGUACAUCUACAACUCACGGUGGUACUGUGCUUCUCUCCUGUGGGAAGUGCCCUGCGUUUUCGGGCCCGUCGGUUCCCAGCCCUCGUCAACUGCACUAUCAUUGACUGGUUUCAUCCUUGGACAACUGAAGCUCUUCAGUCAGUCAGCUAUAGGUUCCUCCAAGAGAUUGAAGACAUUGAGCCUGCCGUCCUGGAACCCAUCAGUCUUUUCAUGGCCUAUGUUCACACCAGUGUCAACCAGGCAAGUGAAAAAUACCGGCUCAAUGAGAAAAGGUACAAUUACACCACCCCCAAGAGCUUUCUCCAGCAAAUCAGCCUGUACAGAAACCUUCUGGAGAAGAGUCGAGCUCAGCUUCAAUACAAGAUGAACCGGCUUGAUAAUGGCCUUCAAAAACUUCAGACUACUGCUGCUCAGGUUGAAAAUUUAAAAGCUAAACUGGCAUUGCAAGAGGCUGAACUGACCUUUAAAAACCAGAAUAUUGAAUGUCUAAUAACAAAAAUCGGGCUGCAGACUGAGAAGGUUGGCAAGAAGAGAGAGGCGGUGGAUGUGGAAGCACAAAAGGUCGCUUCCAUGCGAGCAGAAAUUGCAGUCAAACAGAGGGACUGUGAAAACGAAUUAGCCAAGGCAGAGCCAUUGCUGACAGCUGCGGUAGCAGCCCUGGACACCCUCAACAAAGUGAACCUUACUGAGCUUAAGGCCUUUCCAAACCCUCCAGUGGCAGUAAUCAAUGUUGCAGCAGCUGUGAUGGUCCUCCUCGCCCCAUGCGGUCGUGUACCUAAGGAUCGGAGCUGGAAGGCGGCACGAGCCCUCAUGGGCAAGGUGGAUGAUUUCCUGCAGGCCCUGGUGUCAUAUGACAAAGAACACAUCCCACAGACUUGCCUGAGUGUGGUGAAACAAAAAUAUCUGAAAAAUCCAGACUUCCACCCUGAUCGAGUUUGGACCAAAUCUACAGCUGCAGCUGGUCUGUGUGCCUGGACUAUUAAUAUUGUCAAAUACUACGAGAUUUAUUGUGAGGUUAUUCCAAAAAGGCGUGCAUUAUCACAGGCUAAUGCAGAUCUGGAAACAGCAACAGCUAAACUGCUGGCAGUUCAGAAGAAACUGGCAGAUCUUGAUGGCAGCCUCCAAACUCUAAAAGAUCAGUUUGAAAGAGCUACAGCUGAGAAAAUCAAUUGUCAGGAGGAGGUGACACGAACCUCCCAGACCAUAGAGCUGGCCAACCGACUAGUCAAAGGCUUAGUGUCAGAGAAGGAGCGCUGGUCCCAAGAAGUCGUUAAAUAUAAAAAUCAAAAUAAAACUCUGUGUGGUGAUGUCCUCCUCGCGUCGGCUUUUGUAUCUUACUUGGGCUACUUCACCAGCCACUAUCGUGUGGAGCUUUUUCACCAUGUAUGGAUUCCCUUCCUUCAGUCUCAGAGGGUCUCUGUACCCCUGACAGAUGGCCUGGAUCCAAUCCUCAUACUCACUGAUGAUGCCACUGUGGCUGCCUGGCAUAACCAGGGCUUGCCAAAUGAUAGGAUGUCCACUGAAAAUGCUGCCAUCCUGACCACCAGUGAGCGCUGGCCACUAAUCAUCGACCCACAACAGCAGGGUAUCAAGUGGAUUAGAAACCAACUUGGGUCAGAGCUGAGGGUGGUGCAGCUGGGGCAGAAAGGGUAUCUAGAUGUGAUUGAACAAGCUCUUGUCUGUGGUGAAACAGUCCUAAUAGAGAAUCUGCCAGAAAAUGUAGACCCAGUUCUGGAGCCACUACUUGGAAGAAAAACAAUUAAAAAAGGAAGGUAUAUUCUCAUUGGAGGCAAGGAGUGUGAGUACAACAGUAGCUUUCAGCUCAUUCUUCAUACCAAAUUGGCCAGUCCACAUUUCCCUCCUGAGCUCCAGGCCCAGACCGCUCUCAUUAACUUCACUGUAACGCCUGUGGGCCUGGAAGAACAGCUGCUCGGACAGGUAGUGUCCUACGAGAGACCUGACCUGGAAACCCAAAAGAUGCAGUUGACCACACAGCAGAACCACUUUAAGAUUGAGCUGAAGAGAUUUGAAGAUGACCUGCUAAGUCGUCUGUCUGCAGCCCACGGGAAUUUCCUGGGUGAUAUUUCUCUGGUGGAGCAACUUGAAAACACCAAGAGCAUGGCUUCUCACAUCCAGUCAAAGGUGGUGGAGGCCAGAGAGAACGAGACAAAGAUCAACGAGGCUCGAGAACUAUACCGCCCCGCAGCUGAGAGAGCAUCACUGCUCUUCUUCAUCAUCAAUGACCUCAGCAAGAUUAACCCCAUGUACCAGUUUUCCCUCAAGACUUUUAACUCAGUGUUUAACAAAGCAAUGGAGCAUGCUGAAAGGGAUGAAGAUGUGAGGACCAGGGUGCACACUCUCACUGAGGCCAUCACCUAUUCUGUAUUCCUGUACACCAGCCAGGGCCUGUUUGAGAGAGACAAGUUAACCUUCUUGUCACACACUGCCUUCCAGAUCCUGCUCAAGAAAGGCUUAAUUGAUGCCCAGGAAUUUGACUUCCUGCUGCACUUCCCAGUGGAAGCUAACAAACUUAGUCCAGUGACCUUCCUCUCUGCACACGCCUGGGAAGCCAUUAAGACUAUAUCUGCAAUGGAAGGCUUCAGUGGACUUGACAGAGACAUAGAAAGUUCACCGAAACGCUGGAAAAAGAUUGUUGAGUCCAGCUGUCCUGAAAAUGAAAAACUUCCUCAGGACUGGAAGAAUAAGAGUUCCCUUCAGAAGCUCAUUAUCCUGAGAGCAGUCCGCCCGGAUAGGAUGACCUACACAUUACAGAAGUUUGUGGAGGAAAGCUUGGGAGCCAAAUAUGUGGAGACUAUCCGACUGGAUUUUGAAAAAUUGUAUGAGGAUAGUGAUUCCUCAACCCCAAUGUUCUUCAUCCUCUCACCUGGGGUGGAUCCACUCAGAGAUGUAGAGAAACUAGGUUUAAAGCUAGGCUUCUCCAUUGACCAGGACACUUUACACAACGUGUCUCUGGGACAGGGACAAGAGGAGGUAGCUGAGAGGGUUCUCAGGAAUGCGUCUGAACAAGGACUCUGGGUCAUUUUGCAGAAUGUACACCUUGUGGCUCACUGGCUUCCUUCUCUGGACGCUCUUCUGGAGACAGCAGCUUUGGAUAGUCAUCCCAGCUUCAGGGUUUUCAUCACCGGGGAACCAGUACAGAAUCCUGAGCAGCAUAUAAUCCCCAGAGGCAUAUUGGAAAAUGCCAUCAAAAUCACAAAUGAGCCGCCCACUGGCAUGAAUGCCAGCUUUCAUGCAGCUCUCAAUAACUUCAGUCAGGACACCCUGGAAAUCUGCACCAGAGAACAAGAGUUCAACUCCAUUUUCUUCUCCCUUUGCUUCUUUCAUGCCUGCGUAACAGAGCGGCGUAAAUUUGGUUCCCAAGGAUGGAACCACAGCUACCCUUUCAGCACAGGAGACCUCACCAUCUCAGCCAACGUGUUGUUCAACUACCUAGAGGCCAAUACUAAAGUGCCUUGGGAGGACUUGUGCUAUCUUUUUGGAGAGAUCAUGUAUGGAGGACACAUUACUGAUGAGUGGGACAGGAGACUGUGCAAGACCUAUCUGCAAGAAUUCAUCCAUCCUAAAAUGCUUGAAGAGGAGCUCUUUCUCUGUCCGGGAUUUCUGGCUCCUCCAUUCUUGGACUACAUUGGUUACCACAGUUAUAUUGAUGAACAUCUGCCCACCGAAAACCCAAUUUUGUAUGGUCUUCAUCCAAAUGCGGAGCUUGAGUGCCUCACUGUAACCUCUGACAACCUCUUCAAGACUCUGCUUGAACUGCAGCCGCUGGACUCUGCCGGAGGAAAAGGGGCAGCUCAGAGUACAGAGGAAAAGGUUAUGUUUAUGAUUGAAGACAUUCUUGAGAAGCUUCCCGAUGAAUACAACCUGGCAGAGAUAAUGGCAAAGACAACAGAGCGAAGCCCCUACACCUUAGUGUGCCUUCAGGAGUGUGAACACAUGAAUCUUCUGCUAGCAGAAAUCAGGAAGUCCCUCAAUGAGCUGAUUCUUGGCUUAAAGGGAGAACUGACCUUUUCCUCCAGUAUGGAGACUCUACAGUCUACACUGUUCAAUGAGUUUGUUCCAGAUUCGUGGGCCAGACUGGCUAAUCCCUCCACUAAAACACUGGCCCAGUGGUUGAAUGAUCUAAUUUGUAGCUGUCAUGAGCUGGAUGGUUGGACUCAAGACUUUGCUCUACCUGCAGUCGUUUGGCUCUCGGGACUGUUCAACCCACAGUCUUUCCUCACUGCGGUGCUACAGAGUAUCGCUCGCAAGAAUCAGUGGCCCCUGGAUAAGAUGACUCUAACUGUGGAUGUAACAAAGAAGCUGAAGGAAGACUUUGGACAUCCUCCAAGGGAGGGAGCCUACAUCCACGGACUCCACAUGGAAGGAGCACGUUGGGACACUCAGGCUGGCAUCAUCUCUGAGGCUGUCUUGAGAGAUCUGACUCCAGCCAUGCCGGUGAUGUAUGUUAAAGCUGUGCCUGCAGAGGAGCAGGAGCUCAACAACACUUUUGAGUGUCCAGUGUAUCGGACGAAGCAGCGGGGACCCACCUUUGUGUGGGCCUUCCACCUCCGAACCAAACAGCCUCCAGCUAAGUGGAUUUGUGCUGGAGUUGCUUUGCUCUUGUCUGUAUAAAACAGUAUGGAA